AUGCUCUUACUCCUGAUGUUUCUGUGCCACUUCAUGGAAGAUCACACAGUACAGGCUGGGAACUGCUGGCUUCGGCAGGCGCGGAACGGCCGCUGCCAGGUCCUCUACAAAACCGACCUCAGCAAGGAGGAGUGCUGCAAAACCGGCCGCCUGACCACUUCGUGGACGGAAGAGGACGUCAACGACAACACGCUUUUCAAAUGGAUGAUUUUUAACGGGGGAGCCCCGAACUGUAUCCCGUGCAAAGAAACAUGUGAGAACGUGGACUGUGGACCCGGAAAGAAAUGUAAAAUGAACAAGAAGAACAAACCUCGGUGUGUUUGUGCUCCGGAUUGCUCUAAUAUCACUUGGAAGGGCCCUGUGUGUGGCUUAGAUGGGAAAACCUACAGGAACGAGUGUGCCCUUCUCAAAGCCAGAUGUAAAGAACAGCCUGAACUUGAAGUCCAGUAUCAGGGCAAAUGCAAAAAGACCUGCAGGGAUGUUUUAUGCCCAGGCAGCUCCACAUGUGUGGUUGAUCAAACUAAUAAUGCCUACUGUGUGACGUGUAAUCGGAUUUGUCCAGAGCCUACCUCCCCUGAACAGUACCUGUGUGGGAAUGACGGCAUCACUUACGCCAGUGCCUGCCACCUGAGGAAAGCUACCUGCCUCCUGGGAAGAUCCAUUGGAUUAGCCUAUGAAGGAAAAUGCAUCAAAGCCAAAUCCUGUGAAGACAUUCAGUGCAGUGCUGGGAAGAAGUGCUUGUGGGAUUUUAAGGUUGGCAGAGGUCGUUGUGCCCUCUGUGAUGAGCUGUGCCCUGAGAGCAAGUCAGAUGAGGCAGUCUGUGCCAGCGAUAACACAACUUACCCAAGCGAGUGUGCCAUGAAAGAGGCAGCCUGCUCCAUGGGUGUGCUUCUAGAAGUAAAGCACUCUGGAUCUUGCAACUCCAUUAAUGAAGACCCAGAAGAUGAAGAGGAAGAUGAAGACCAGGACUACAGCUUUCCUAUAUCUUCCAUUCUAGAGUGGUAAACCCUCCAUCACUAUUGGAAUAGCCAUUGGGCACGAAAACAAUGUCCAUACUGUAAAUAAGUGUACGCUUAUUUAUUUUUUUUGGGGAGGAGGAAAAAAAGAAAACAACAAAAAAAAAAAAGAGAAAAGAAAAGUAUACAUAUAGUUGAGUCUGGUAGACAUUUAUUUAUACUGUGUCAUGUUUUAUAAUUUAUACAUAAAAAUGUCUGGUUGACUGUACACCUUUUUUCCUUUUUUAAGAAAUUUAUUCGUUACGGGAAGAGCAGUGUUAUUUAUUGUCAGGCCUCUUGCUUGUAAAGUAAAGCUUUUCUUUAUUCUUGUGAACUGCAGAAGUCCAUUCCUUUUGUUCUUUCUUUAGAGCUUACCCACACGAACUCAUCUCCUGGUUUUCACUGGUGUUAACUCCUUUCCACUCCGAAACAAACUCGCAUGUCGGUUUCCGUUAACGUUUAUUUAUUGGGCUUGCUUCCUUGCUGGUUCUGCAAGAUCCCUCUGGUCUGGGGUUUGGGUUUUUUGUUUGUUUCUUUGUUUACAAGGAAAUCUUGACUGACCAAAAGGCAUU